CCCCCCUCCAUCACAAAAUCACGACCUCCGCUUUUCACGCCCACUGUCACGAACCCACUCUCCCUCCCCUCCUCCUUCCUCGGAUCCUCGGCCGCCGGCCCCAGCUUCACACUCACCCCCCGCGCCUCGACUUUCGCCGCGACCCCCUCCCUCCUCCGCACGGCUCCUCCUCAUUCACACUCUCAAUCCCGGACCUUUGAUCCUCCUUAUCUUCUUCUUACCCAUCCCCUAACGCCGCCGCCCACGGUCCACGGCCCCCAACCAACAAAGACGCGUCUCCGCGCCCUCCGGCUACGCCCCGACGAGCGAUGCGCGCUCGGUGUUCGCGCCACCACCGCCAACCUUAGCUCUUACCUAGCGCAAACCAAACCCACACACACACUCUCUUUGCUGCUCGACGACUCUCGCCAUGCUCCAUCACACCUCUUUGGUGUUGGGGUUUAUCGCGACUGUGCUAGUCUGCCUCGUCGCAGCAGCAGCACAUCACCCAGACUAUCAAGCUUCUCCCUUCCCAUCACAAACCCCAUCACCCGCACAGCAGCCCCUAGCCGUAGGACUCCCACGCUCUGUCAGGAGGAAAUCCACCGCGUCUGCCAUCCCCCUUCCUCCACCCCCUCAUCCUCCCAUCCUCGCCCCUCCCCAGGAAGACUUUGAACUCGACGUCCUCCCCUUUGCCCUCGUCUCCACUAUCGAUGGCGCUCUCCAUGCUAUCGACCGCGAGACUGGCGAUGUCAAGUGGACCCUGCGCGACGGCGUAGAGCCUCUUGUCGGCGGUGGCAUAUACGGGCGCCAAGAUGAUGUCGAAUAUAUCGUCGAGCCCGUCAGCGGAAAUCUCUACGUCUUUGAAGGCGAGAACGAAGGCACCAAAGGCUUGCCAAAAGUCCGCAAGCUCCCUUACUCGGUCGAGCAGCUCAUCGACCUGUCCCCGUUCACCUUCCCCCACUCACCCAACCGCAUCUUUACCGGUGAGAAGCGGACCUCUCUCCUCUCCCUCGACCUCCGCACCGGCCAGCAGCUCGACUGCUUCAACGCCCAUGGUCCUCAUGACAACCUCUCCUCACCAGGCAUCUGCGACAAUGACAUUCUCGACGACCUCGAGGGCCGCCCACGUCGCGACACUCUGUUCAUUGGGCGCACCGACUACAAGCUCACCAUCCAUGCGCCCCCGACCACUGUUGACCCACACUCGCCUACCGCGACCAUGUCGGCGGCAAAGAACCGCGGGGUGCAGGAGAUCACCUACUCUACCUACCAGCCCAACUCGUAUGACCGCACCGUCGCCGACUUUUGGGCUCGCACUGGAAAGCAGAGCUGGGUCGACGAGGGCCGUAUCCGUAUCGAACUGGGCUUUGACGGCGACUGCAUUGGCGUCCAGAACGGUCAGGGCAAGCGAUGGCACACUGACCUCGGAUCCGUCGGGGUGGCGGUGUACGACGUAGUCUUGUCUCACUCGAGCCACUCGUCCAACCCCGUAAUCGUUCCGCAGCCCAAGGUCGAGCUCGCCAGUCUGCUCAUGGCACCUGAUGUGGACGACCCAGCAAGGGAACGAUACGAAGAGCUUUUAAGGAAACCGCCCACCACCUACAUCGGCAGCGUGCCAGGUGGUCCGGCACUCGACGACCCCCCGUCAAAGGUGCCAAAGUUGUCUGCACCGAAGAGUCCGCGUCCCCUGCUCUUUGCUCAGUCCUCAAACUCUUACCCCCUGAUCAAUUUCGCACACGCCCCGCGCCCUGGUACACUUAUCAACGGCUCGUUCCCACUCAGUGAUGGUGAUGGCAUCAGCGAUGUGCCAGAGGACGAGCACCACAUCACGCGUUAUCUCAUCGACCCACCACGAGAGGAGGCAUCGACCAUUGAUCCACCGAUGGACCUGCAUCCUGGCGUUGCCACCGGAUGGGCCUUUAAGUGGUGGUGGCUUGUCAUGUUUGAGAUCGUGGCCGUCUUCUGGCUAGGCAUCGGGAUCUACCGCUGGGCUUUCACGAAAGCUACAGCCCUCGCCAACUCGGGUGCCAAGACCGCCGAGGCUACCGCACUUGUUUCCGCCACAAGUGAUGUUGGAGAAAAGGGUGCCACAACGCCGGUUGUGCGUUUCGAGGCCUUGCCAGACACAGGCUCGGUCUCCCCUAACGAUGGCUCUACUCCUCCAAAGAAGAAGAACACGCGUCGUCGGGUGCGCGGCAAGAAGAAGCGCCGCAAUUCGGUGGGACCACAGCUGGACAGAGACGAGGACGAGGGUGACGACGAUGAGGACGACAAGGGGGAGACUACUGCCGACGAGCGGCCCACCGGGUCAAGCGGAUCCAACGGCAGCGCAGUUAACGGCAACGGUAGUGGCGGUAGCUCGUCGUUUAUGAUGAUUGAGAAGCCUCUCCCGGCAAUCCCGCGCACUUUGUCGGCCCCUGCUCUCCAAGACGAGCAGGAACGCUUGGCAAUCUCGGACACGGUCAUCGGAUAUGGCUCACACGGCACUGUUGUUCUGAAGGGCACAUGGGGAGGGCGGCCCGUCGCAGUCAAGCGCCUCCUCUCCGAUUUUGUCCGUUUGGCCAGCCAGGAGGUCAAGCUCUUGCAGGCCAGUGACGACCACCCCAACGUGAUCAGAUACUACUGUCAAGAGCGGCGAGACAACUUCCUGUACAUCGCCCUCGACCUCUGCCAGGCGUCUUUAGCCGACUUGAUCGAGACACCGAAUGUCUAUCUUGAGCUUGCGUCGGCCCUCGACCGCAAGAAGGCGCUGCAGCAAAUCACAUCGGGUGUGAAGCACCUGCACAGCAUGAAAAUCAUCCACCGCGAUAUCAAACCACAAAAUGUCCUCGUGUCAAAGGCCAAAAACGGUUCAUUGCGCAUGUUGGUGUCAGAUUUCGGCCUCGCGCGUCGAUUGGAGCAAGGCCAGUCGUCGUUUGCGCCCACGGCGAACAAUCUCGCUGGGUCACUCGGCUGGCGUGCGCCAGAAUGCAUCCGCGGGCAGGUCAAGCUCAACGAAGGCUUUGACCCAGUUCUCUCCUGCGGCUCUGCAGGCAGCACUGCGUCGUCGACAGGCUCCCUUCCCGACUUGCUCGUCAUGUCCGAUGGUAGUGAAGUUGUCAAGGGCGUGCCGCGAGCCCGUCUUACCAAGGCCGUCGACCUUUUCGCCCUGGGAUGUCUCUACUUUUGGAUCCUCAUGGGUGGCGAGCACCCGUACGGCGAGACGUACAAUCGCGAGGCGAACAUUGUCAAGGGUGAAGCCGUCAACAUGGAGCACCUGUCGAUACUCGGUGAAGAGGGUGUCGAGGCCCAGCACCUCAUCGGGCUACUGCUGUCGGCGGAGCCGAGUGAGCGCCCUGACACUUCCGAGUGCCUUAUCCACCCGUUCUUCUGGACACCUGCGAAACGCCUCGCGUUCUUGUGCGACGCGUCAGACCGCUUCGAGAUAAUGGAGCCCGAGGAGACAACACUUGCGCUGCUCGAGAAGAAUGCCGACCAGGUCGUCGGCAAGAACUGGUACUCGAAAAUGGACCGGGUGUUCACUUCGAGUCUCGGCAAGUACCGCAAGUACAAGGGCGAGAGUGUGCGAGACUUGCUGCGUGCUAUGCGCAACAAGAAGCACCACUACCAGGACAUGGACGCGAGCGCGCAAAAGCACAUGGGCGCUCUGCCGGCGGGCUUCCUCAACUACUUUACGACCAAGUUCCCGAGGCUGUUCCUGCAUGUGCACGGCGUUGUGCGGGACAGCCGGCUGCGGUCCGAGCCAAUGUUCGCUACCGAGUAUUUCAUUCAAGAGAAGGAGUAGGAUGGUGUUGUCGCAAGGUCAUCUCGGGCCACCAACAUACAGCCAUCGAACCGUUGGGCCAUAUAUCAUGUCUCGCCUCAUAGCAAGGUCGAAUUGUUGUACUAGUCAUUCCAAAGUAUGCAUUGUUAGCAUUAG